AUGGCGCCUCUGGACAUUCAAUUUGCGACCUCUGCUUCAACCGUCCAAACCAAGAGAAGUACCAUAUUGGAUACCAUGAAUUGCUUCGGCCGUGUUCGCGAACCCUUUGCUCUCCAGCUCCUCGGCAAGAAACUGUACAUUUGUACGGACCCUGUUGACGUCUCAACCAUCUUUGAUGACACCGAGAGCUUUAAUUUUGAUCAUCACUUGACCGAUCUCUUGAAUAGCUUUGGAAUUUCGAACGAUGCUCUGAGACGAUCCUGGCACGUGCCAAGACCUGGCGACUGGUGCUUUAUCCCCAACAACCCUGUUAAUCCGAAGCAAAAGAGCUUGAUUCACUGUGUGGAAGACAUUUACAGAGCUCAACUUCUGCCCGGCGAACACAUGAAUAGAUGGACCCAGAAAUUUUUGAACUCAGUACGCGAUUCACUAUAUACUAUGGACAGUCUGGCAUUCUGCCUCCAGCCAGGUGGUGCCGGAUCAUAUCAAGGUCGCACACUUAGCAGGGUUUCUCUCUACUCUCUUGUUUCCUCUAUUAAUGUGCAGGCCACUGUCAACGCCAUGUUCGGACCUCGCCUACUGAACAUUGAUCCUUUGGUCGUCCAGUACAUGACGACCUUCAAUGAGUACGUCUGGAUGAUUAUAUUUCGAUGCCCUAACGUCUUUGGAUCGCCUAUACUUGCCGCUCAAAAUAAACUCCUGGCCGCUGUGCGCACGUUUGUGCAGCUUCCAGAAGAUCAACGCAAGGAGGCAUCUUGGGCCAUCACAAACACUCUAAAAGGCAUGGAGAUCGUCGGAAUGGACCUUGAGUCUAAAGUAUCCAUGAUACUCAUGAUCUUCUGGGCCGGUGUUUCUAACGAGCACAAUAGCUGUUUCUGGCUUCUGACUCAUUUAUUAUAUGACGAGACACUCCUGAACCUAGCAAGAGAAGAAACAGAAUCUGCUUGGCAGUCUGGACAUUUGGACAUCAAAUACUUAUGUGCAAACAGCCCAAAUCUUGACUCCAUUUUCAAUGAAGUCCUCCGACUCAAUAAUACUGCUGCUGCUGUCAGAGUCGCGUCAAAAGACACGACUGUUGGAGGCAAGCAUCUCCCAGCUGGAUCGACCAUCCUUAUGCCGUUUAGGCAGCUUCAUAUGAAUGAGAAUGUAUGGGGAACCGGUGUCUCGGAAUUUCAGCCCUUGAGAUUCCUCAACAGGAAGUCCUUGACUCGUUCUGCGUCUUUCAGACCUUUUGGUGGUGGGGCGACUCUGUGCCCUGGACAGACACUAGCCAGGCAGGAGAUCUAUGGGUUCAUUGCUGCCCUCCUGCACCGUUAUUGUGUGGAUGUGACACUGGAUUCUGUCGGGAACAAGCCACCCUUCCCGCGUCUGAAUUCAAUGACGCCAUCAUUUGGUCUCAAUGGUCCUAUCAAGGGCACAGAUGUGUUCGUCUCUAUCUCGGAAAAAUGGUGA